AUGGCGACCACACCAAAUCGGCGCAGUGGCAGCUAUGAGCCCAUCAUUGGAAACCGCAACACGACAGUCAUCCAGCGGACGGCGCAUCCUGGAAAUUCCCCCAUCACCAGGCAGACGAAUCGAUUAUCGUAUGGAGCAGCGCCUCCUGCAGGCAUUACCCUGCAACCCGGCACCUAUGCCAACGCUACGGGCAAGGGGGUUAACUCCAUGAAGGAGUCGAGAGCGCAAGAGAAGAAGGAUAUGCAAAAUCUGAAUGAGCGCUUUGCCACUUACAUUGAGAGGGUGCGUUUCUUGGAGGCCCAAAACAAAGCUUUGCAAACCGAGCUGGAUAAACUCCGGAAAAAUUUCGACCCGACAAAAAUCAAGGAUAUGUACGAGACUGAACUAGCGCAGGCUAGGAACAUCAUUGACGACCUGUCAAAAGAGAAAGCCGACACUGACGUAAAGCUGGUUAGUCUAGAAGAUCAGUUGACCCACGAAAAGGCACAGACAGCGGACGAGAAGGCCCGAGCGGAUGACUAUAAGGACAAGUACGAGGACGCACUGGGGAAGGUGCGGCAGCUGGAGGCAGAGAACAACACGCUGCAGGACCGCAUUCAGAACGCCGAGGACGAUUGCAAGAACGCCAGGGCUAACCAGCAGAGAGUACAGGACGACAACACCAGACUGAGAGGGGAUUUGGACAACGAAACCGUGGCCCACAUUAACAUGGCGAACAAAUGCCAGUCUUUGGAAGAAGAGCUGGCCUUCAUCACAAGUGUGUACGAACAGGAAAUCCGAGACCUUCAGGCACUGGCUAACCGUGACGACAGUGGAGAUCUCCGGGAAUACUGGAAGGGCGAGUUGUCCAAGGCUAUUCGGGAAAUACAGGCUGAGUACGACAACCGACUUGACCAGAUGCGCAAUGACAUGGACUCCAAAUACAACAACCAGAUACUUGAAAUCCGAGCGGGCCAGAUGAACAGCGCACCGUCACGUGACAACGACUUGACCAAGGAGGAGAGCAAAAGGAAUAAAUCUAAGAUUAUGGACCUGACAUCUAAACUGUCUGAGCUCCAGGCCAGGAACGCGUACCUAGAGUCACAGGUGAAGAGUCUGAACCAGCAGAUGGAGGAUAAGGACACGAUGCAUGACGCCGAGACAAAGCACCUGAAGGACCAGAUCCAACACCUACAGCAGGAACUGGAAUCAGUCCUGCAGGAGAUCCAGGCUCUGAUGGACGCCAAGCUCACCCUGGAGCUGGAGAUCGCGGCUUACAGGAAACUGCUAGACGUGGAGGAGAACAGGUGA